AUGGCCAUUGUAGUUGUCACCUCUUGCGUCCUGUUGGUUUUUUACCUUCUCUGCAGCGUCGCAAGGGCAAUUGCUUUUGCAUACUCAAACGCAAAACAUAAGUGGAUUGAAAGAGAAUCGAGGUUGUUGGAAGCACUUUUAAAAGAUUAUGAUGAAGUUUUGAGGUCAGAGGAUCAAAUUACACGGAAAGCCAGUCAGUUUUUGGAUUCUGAUCAACUCAUCCAGGCUGGAAUUACUCUACGACUGAAUGAAACGGAGCAGAGCUGGAUAACGAAUGCAAGAAAAGUGGUUUCGGAGGCAACCUGGUGCCUUCAGAGCUUCGAAGAACUGAGAGAGCGAAGCAACUCUUCCAAGUGGUUUGUUUUUUUGUUAAUAACUGAUCAUCUGCUGCCCAUGCUUGAUGUUGCCCGUGGGAUGAGGCGGAUCAAGGAAAUGAUUAAUAACAACCUUGGGAUGAGCCGGAGGAGGAGAAGCAAAGGGAAGAAGGAAGUAAGCGCAAGGGACAUCCGUGCAACAUUGGAGCAGUCAAGGUCCAAGGUUAGAAGCUUGCUUGCCAGAUCCAUUGUUGAUGAGAUUGAUGAAUAUCAAUCUGUUCAGACACCAGCGCUGUGUGUUAGCUCAGGAGCUGCUAAGUUGGUGUCAUCCCUAAUGGAGCUGAUCAUUGGAAACUCAAAAUUGAUGGAUGGCAUGGUGGAGCAAGUGAUAUCCAUCAGGAUGCAUGUAGAGCUGCUGCCUUCUUUCAUGGAAGAUUUACAAUUGCUACAGCUAGAAAGUGAGAUGGAAAAGUCAUGGUUGGUCGAAGCAAGCAAGAUGAUUGAGGAAGCAACAAAUGACAUUGCCAACAUCAAUAUAGCAGCAAAUCGACAGAGACGGUGGUGGGUAUAUUUCAGCCGUAAUUGGAGGGCUAGGAGGAAGCUCAAGGGGGGAAUAAUGUCCGUUGGCACUAGGAUCUCCACACUCCUGGAAACAAAGGAAAGAUAUGGUUUUAAAUUUAUCACAGGACGCUCUCCAAAUUUUGCCCGCAAAUCUCCUCGACAGCAAACCCUUGAGUAUCAGACUCCAGACAGGCAUUUGUCAUCAGCUGUAGACAACAUUCGUGACAGGCUCGUUCAAUUGCGGCAAACAAGCAAAGAGUUAUCUUUGUGUAAACUGACUCGUGAAGCAGAGGAGUACUCAAAGGCCUCCGGCAUCCAAGGCUCAGAGCUUGUAACCACCAUCUCGGAGAUUAAGGGAAUCACGCACGCAGUAAAUCUUCUUCAGAGAUGCAUAAAAGUAUAUUCGAUUGAGGUAAGGGCGGAUUCUUGCUCGGUAGUUGGUCUGGAAGAAAACGUAUAUGAACUGGUCUCGCAACUGACUUCUAACAGAAAAGAGCGCUCUGUGAUUUCCAUUGUGGGGAUGAAGGGAAUUGGUAAGACAACUCUGGCCAAGGAAGUCUAUAACCACCCUACCAUUCAGCGCCUUUUUCGAGUCCGUCGUUGGGUCUCUGUACCUCAAGUGUUUGACAAAAGUGAAUUAUUGGAAGCUGUUGGAAACCAGGUCCUGAAGACGCAAGAGAAACAGGACAGGGAAGACUACUGGAUUGAGAAAGUGAGGGAUUUCUUGAAGGAGGAGAGAUACCUUCUAGUUUUAGACAAUGUCUCGUUAACAGAAACCUGGGAUGCUCUUAAAGUAGCAUUUCCAGAAAUGGCAAACAAGAGAAGGAUUGUCCUCACCACAUGCAAGAAGGCCAUCGCGUCACAUGCUGACCAAAAUAGCAUUAACCACCACCAUCUUCGGUUACGAACCAAACAAGAGAGCUGGGAUCUUUUUUCCCAGAUAGUGCAUCACUGUCCUGAUGAACUGCAAACUGAUGCAAAGGAAGUUUUAGGGAGAGGGGGAGGCUUACCACUUGCCGUAAAUCGUGUUGGGUAUCUACUGUCGUGGAAGGAAGUGUCGACACCAGAGGAAUAUUUGAAGGAGCUUGAGCGUAUCACUCAAGGACAGAACCGAACACCGUGGUUGGAUACUGUGCAAGUGAAUAAUGCAGACUUGCAAUUCGACGAAAUUCUGAGUAAAUGUUUGUCUUACUUCCAACUUUUCUCUAGGGACUUUGAAAUCCCUGCAAGGAGAAUUGUCGCUUCGUGGGUUGCACAGGGAUUAGCACAAGUAAGCGGAGAUGAGAAAACAAAAAUUCCUGAAAAUGUUGCAUACGAGUAUCUAUCAGAGUUGAUUGGGCGUAAUGUGGUUCAAGUGGUUCAAAGAAAGCCUAAUGGGAAGGUCAAGACAUGUCGCUUGCCUAGUGCUGUGCGACAUCUCUUGUUGCAAGGUGGCAACGACAAUAAUAGCAGCGAAACAGGUUCAGGGUCAUCUCUAACUUCUCCUACAAGUAAUGUGGACGGAAACCAUAACCUUCAUGAUUCUGAAGAUGGUAAUACAUACGAUACCAGUUCCCGUCAAAUUCAUGGUCUCAACACAAAUUGGCGAAAUGUUUUGCUGAAGGAAAGCUUUCCCCGAUCAAUUCUCUUCUUUGAUGCCCGAGCAAAAAUCAAACCUGGAGAGGAAGUAGGUGAAAUUAUUAGUAGGGGCAUUGCUGGUGGUCUCUUCGGAAAACUACUAACUCUUGACCUUGAACGUGUGUUCAGACCAAAGUUGCCCGAGACCAUUGGAAAAUUAAAGCAGCUGACAUAUCUGGGAUUAAGGCGAACUUACCUAUUGACGAUCCCUGAAUCUAUUGGGGACUUGGUGAAACUCAUAACUCUAGAUUUGAAGCAUACCCAUGUUAGAACACUCCCUAGUUCAAUAUGGAAGCUGAAGAAAAUCCGGCAUCUCUACUUGAACGAGAACUGUCAAAUACAUCGACCAAUUUUCAUGAUAUCGAUGAAAAAUCUGCUGAUAUUAUCAGGCCUAUUUGUGGAGAAGGGCCAUCCUCUGAAGGAUCGUCUGGACAAGUUGACGAAACUUCGAAAAUUGGCUUUGGUAUUCAAUCUUGCACUGACAGAGCAAAUGCUAGUGGCGAAAUGGAUUGAGAAGCUGACUGACCUAGAAUCUUUGAGGCUGAGAUCAAUAGAUGAGAAGAGGGCACCUCAGCAUCUGAAACUAGAGACCAUCUCUCACCUUACGAAUCUGUCCAGCCUACAUUUGUUUGGGACGCUUGAAAAUCAGUUCAUCAUAUAUCAACUCCCGCAAAGCCUCACCCAGCUUACCUUAUCGGCCACUAGAAUUGAAGAUGAUCCAAUGCCAAUGCUAGGCCAGCUUCCGAAAUUUAGAUCCCUUUCUUUCCACUCUGAUUCUUAUCUAGGAACACAGAUGGUUUGCUGCACAGGUGGAUUUCCCCUUCUUUUAUUUUUGAAGCUUUGGAAUUUAGAUACCCUGGAAAUCAUGGAAGUGCAAAACGGAGCAAUGCAAAAUCUUCGCGACAUAGAUACUAGAUCCUGCCACAACUUGACCAUCACUACUUACUUUGAUAUGUUCUAUCCAUCGUGA